AAAUGUCAGAAUACACAUUUUCAUCCAUGAGGAUGAAAAUCAAAGAAUGGAGUGAAGUGAAAAGAUGCUUACAGUUGAUAUCAAAAGUCUACACACCCCUGUUCAAAUGCCAGGUUUUUCUGAUGUCAAAAAAUCAAUUGAAUUUCAUUGAUCUUUUCUUAAAGCUCUUCUUCUGAUCUUAUUUAAUAUACUGUAUUUGAUUUCAUUAGAGCAGUAAUUAUAACGGUUAGUUAUUAAGUAUAAAAGACAACAACAUUAAAAGGAGUUACACCCAAAAAAACAAAAAUCUAUAUUUCUACCUUCAGUACAGCAUCGAUUACAUUACACAGAAGCACUAAUUGAGUUACAAGAAGACAUUCACCUGUUUUUCUCGACGCUUGCCUCCAUGCGUGUCCUGCCUGAGGCUCUGUUCUGCUCUCUACACACUCGGGACCAUUUCCUCAUCAUCACAUCUUUGCCCUGGUGAUAUCUUCUCAAAAAAAGAACAAGUGGAUAGCCUAUGCACGUUUUCUCCUUCCAGAACAACAGUAAUGAUGUAUUUCAUGCCAAACAUGGCAUUUGCACAUGGGUGUGUAGACUUUUGUUAUAUGCACCGUAAACUAGUCUUGUGUAUCUUAUGUGACAUUGCUACUUCUCCCUUUUAGAACUGGAUGAAACCAGAGAAAACGUGAACGGUACCAAAUUUACGGUACAUAAAUACGUUACAUAACGGUACAACCUGUUAAAAACGUAACAGGUGAUCCGCCUCUUAUUUAUCUUGGAUGGCGAUUGGGGUAAAAAAACUCUGGACGACCCAAGUUUGUUAAUGACUGACCACGACUGAGCUUAUUUUUCUUUUUUCCUGACAAGCUCGCUCUGGUUCUGGGUAAAGAUAAGUGCUAUCUCCUGACUGCCCCACAUUUACAAUAAAUGCUGCAUUGCCGAUAUCCAUGCCGGACACAAUAUUAGGUACAUCCGUUCAAUAUGAAGUGCAAAAUGACGGUAUUGCGUAAUAACGCUAUCACUUUACAAUAGUUACAACUUUUUUUUCCUGAUUGGCUCGGAGAAGUCACAUGGUUCUUCUGCCAUUUUGACUAACGUUACCAAAUAAGGGCCCAACAAGGAGCUAUUAAGCUGACUUGAUAUAGCAAUAAAGUUGAUUUUAAUUUAAUGUGAAAAUUUCCCAUCAAUUAGCAUCAUCUUGCUCUUUAUGUUUGAAUUAAACUAUAUGAAUGGGUGAGGAGUAGGCGGCUUUAUGAGUAUGAUUUGAUCGAGUUGAAAGUCCAAAGAGAAGGUUGACGCACAAAGAUGUGCUAGCGGGCCCCCCGAGGGACCGGCGACCUUUGUGUUACCUGAAAUGACAUUUUCAAACAUUAAACUACUCUGUGGCAAACACUCACACUGACUCGAGGAAGGCGUUAAUGACACGGUAGCAUAGUAGCAUAUUACUCCGACUUGCUAUUUGACGGUAGCAGUUUUGAGAGAGAACCUGCUGCUUUUGUCCAUCUUCAAAUUUACUGUGUAAUGAUGUAAAUUGAGGCUAAAAAAAACAUUGAGGCUAAAUGUAAGCAAUUAUUUUAUUUUUCUAGUUUUCAUAAAGUAAAGUAAAAAAAAAAAUACAAUGCAAAUUUUUUGCAAAAUUGAUUAAAUUAGAGCAACUAAUUCGGUUUGUAUAUAUAUUUUUCUGUUUAUUUGCAAAAUUAUUUAUAAUGUACAAAAACUCUUAAAUUUUGGCCCAAAAUACACUUCUACUUCAUAUUCAACCAUUUUAAAAAAUAUAUACUCCAAAAUUUACAUGACACAUUUGAUCAUUUUUAAAAUAACUCUCCUUAAAUACCUUACCAAAUAAUCCACAGAGAUGUCAUUUAAUAAAUAUAACCAACGUUUGAGAGCUUGGCCUUUUCUGUGCUCAAUCCUGAAAAAGUGUCAGAGUGACACCAAAGCGUAGGCAGCCGUUUAACACCUCUUUGUGGUCGUAAGGGUUGCCGUAUCAUUUGGGGAGAUUUUGACUUUAACACACUGGAUGAGAUAAAACUCCUCCAGGCUGUUUGUUUUUCCUCUUCAAGGGUUCAAGGACACACCGUUAAAAGCCCCCAACGUUCAUGUGGCCUGCAGCCAGUUUCAUAUUGACAGUGUUACCUGUGAGUUUCAAUUUUUAUGUUGAGAAAAUUACUUAUGUAACACAAUCUGACUAAAUCUUUUCUUGACGUCCAAACAUAGUAAAUAGGACAUUUGAUUUGGGUUCAAUUGAGCCACGGAGCAUUAGUGUACUAACUCCAUUUUUGAGUCUAGUGCAGAAAUGAAUAAUGAAAAUGUAUGUAACUUAUUUUUCGAGUUUGGUCCUGUGGCAAUCUGAGCCGUGAUUGGUCCCCAGCAACUGUGAUGUCAUUUUCAUUCGACCACAAGUGGCAAAAUGGCCGCACCCAACGCCCAGAUGGAUAAAAAUGUGGAUAUUUUUCCGCUUAAUUAAUUUCCCACAAAUGCAAUGUUAAUUCAUUCCGGGUUUGUGUUGACUUCCCUUUUAAUGAAUCAGGCCAAUCUAAUCUGGUGUAUUAAUGCACUUGAUAUUCCAACCUACUGAGAAAAAAACUACUUGGAAGUCAACCAAUGUCCCCAAUGUUAUCACAGAAAUGAACUCCACGUCCACUUUUGAUUGGCUUCAUGAUAGCACAGUCAAGGGAGGCCACCAAUGGCUGCUCUGGAGGUGGGGGUGCAUCUCCUGCGCUCUGAUUGGCUGCCUCCUCCCCCUCCCACCAGCAGUCAAAUACUUUAGUGUGUGUGCCAAUAUGAGACUUCCAAAGUUGUGCAAAACACACGUUUGACUAUUCUGAGCAUAUCGUAAUAUAGUAUAUUAAGUUACAUAACAUUGCGCCCAAUGUUUAUUACGCUGCUGUCGCAUGCACAAAGCAGAAGGAAUGAGGCAGCUGGUAAGUUGUCACCCUAUAUCCCAGCUUGCUUCCAGCCUAUUUGGACCCAAAGCACAUUCCUCUUGUGAAGCUUCUUCAGAACAUCACUAUGGGAAGCUCUUUGAACAUCUAUUGGAGAGCUUUCAAAUGCAUUCAUCUUCAUGCUCGUUAUCCUCACUUAUCGGGCUCAUUUCAGGGCUUAAACCGCAGAGCCCCGGCUCAUUAGUGGGCGACCACAGGCCGGUGGCCAUGGCGACGGUGAACGCGAUACUGAAGGUGGUCAGCUUGUUUGUGGCCGAGCUCAUAAGCUCCGUCACGGACUGGUUCCAGACCUCGCCGACAUGGGCUGACUUGCAGGUGUUGGAGGACACAGAGCUGAAGACCACCGGAGGUGUGCAUGAGAAACACCGGGCCAGAAAUCUGUGGGAGAAGAGCGGCGCGGUGGUCAUGGUGGUCCGCCGGCCAGGAUGAUUGCUGUGCAGAGAGGAGGCUGCAGAGCUGUCCUCUCUCAAGUCCCAGCUGCAGGACCUGGAGGUGCCUCUCUUUGCUGUGGUCAAAGAGAAUCUUGGCAAGGAGCUGGACUGUUUCAAGAAGUUCUUCACCGGGAAAGUUUACGUGGAUCAGAUGAGAAAUUUCUAUGGGCCUCAAGAGCGCUGGAUGUUUCUUUCCAUGUUCCUGCGUAUUGGAGUGUGGAGGAACCUGUGGAGGGCCUACCGCAGGGGCUUCAGAGGAAACCUAAGAGGAGAAGGACUGGUCCUGGGGGGAGUCUUUGUCAUUGGGCCUGGAGAUCAGGGGAUUCUGCUGGAGCAUCGUGAGAAGGAGUUUGGGGAUAAAGUCAACAUGCUCGCUGUCCUCAGAACCGCCCGCAAAAUGCGAGAUGACAUGAAACGCUAGACCUGACCCUAUCGGGGUUUACGCACAAGGUGGAUCACCAUGUCUGAUGAUGUCAUUAUGAAAUGUGUCAAAACGGGCAACUUUAACAGUUUGCUGCCUCGUUGUUUCCGGUUUGCUGUUGUGGCCUUUAAUGAUGAUCUGACUCUAAACUCUUCUGAGGGAGCAGCUCUGAUGUUUGUAAACAACCACACAGCCCGCCUGAAACUAUGAGGAAGAUCAAACCAUUGAAGUCUUAGCUCUUAAACACUUGAUUAAAAAAAUAAAUGGGUCAGUGACUAAUACAAAAACACUUG